CGCUGACAGUCGCUGGCGAACGGGGCUCGUCGCGUGACUGAAGGAAGGCGAUGGUGAGGGGCGAGCACACUGCUGAGUAUGCCGUCCACCUACAAUGCCGCCGUCAUGGAGCCUCUACUCAAUUGGGUCUACCUCAAUAUCACCGCCUCCAACGAUCAGGAUCAGCAGUCUUCAAAAGGUAUCCCAAACAUGUGGGGUUCUUUCCCCACAAGAGGAUCAUACAAUAUGCCUGCAACCACCUUCCCGAAAAGAAGGACAAACGGUCUUCCCAGCAUCAAUAACAAUACGGUUGGAGAACUUUCUAAAGAUUUGAGCGAGCUAUGUCUCCAUGACCAGAAGAAUUUGAAAGAACCACCACCCACGUACCUAUGUCAUUUGUGCUUCAACAAAGGACAUUACAUAAAAGACUGUCCAAUGGCUAGACCAAAAGGAGAAGGCCUGACCCCCUAUCAAGGCAUGAAGAGGUGUUUUGGGGAGUACAAAUGUCCAAAAUGCAAGCGGAAAUGGAUGUCUGGAAACAGCUGGGCGAAUAUGGGCCAAGAAUGCAUCAAGUGUCGCAUUAAUGUCUAUCCACAUAAGCAGAGACCUCUGGAGAAGCCGGAUGGACUAGAUGUUUCCGACCAAUCAAAAGUGCAUCCUCAACAUCUAUGUGAGAAGUGCAGGAGCUUGGGCUUCUACUGCAGGAGGGAUCACCAUAGUUAACAAAUAAUGUGGAUUAUAACUGGAAAAGACAAGUGAAUUCAAUUCAAGAUUCCAUGCAGAAGAGAAUGGCAUGUGAAUAAGAUACUUCAUUAUCAACCAAAUUUUAAAUAUUGUUAACGUAUGUAGAAACUCUAAGAAAGACUUACUGGCUCAGUUUCUAUGAUAAUAAUUCUAAUUUGUACCUUUUAUAGUAAGACAUAACAUGACAUUUUUAAUAGAUAUGAGGCAUUACAUAAUGUACUAUUUGCCGCAUUGAUGUUUUCUGUAUAGAUGUAUAUAUUACAAAGAUUGAAAUUUUCCCUGUAAUUGCCAAUCACCAGUGUACCAAAUACGGCUAAUUUUUGGAUAUUUUGGAACGCUUCUAUUUGGUCUGAAGACAUUCCUUGAGACAAACAUUGACAACAAAACCAAAUUUCAGAAGAAAUUCGAUGACUCGAAUACACGAUGUUAACGUCUCUAACGUCAAUCAAAUUUCCACUUUCAUUUGGUUCUGUUGCCAAAGUUCAUCUUUAUCAGAAUCUUCAAAGCCAUGAGCAUUCAAUUCAGGUGAUUAGAAUAUUCAGCCUUAUAUGAUAAUUAAAUAUGGAACUAAAGGAAUUUAUAUCCAGUUUAAAUAAGUUCAGUAGAAAAUCAACCAAACCAAUCAUACCAAUCUCAGUAGAAAAUGCUUUAUAUUAGAGAUAAAAAUGUGAAACACAUGUAAUAAAUAUUUUGGUCAAUAAGGCCUAAUCAAUAUAUUUUCUUUAAUUUAUCGAUCCAGUGUCACAUUAAAAAUGUCAUUAUCUCAAUGUGUGUUGAACCCACCAACUCACAAACAAUUCAACUGUACACAUCCUUAUCGAGUAGGAUAAUCAUUGAGAGUUUAUUUCAAUAUUGUGUUCCAUUAAUUGAUCAUUUUUGAAUAAAUAAUCAGCAACUUAGGAUUGUCUGAAUUAAACUUAUGAUUGUACUCGUCAGACAUUCACCAGAACCAUUGACUUUUAAAGGGUGUUAUUUAUGUUGUAGAGAUUAUUUUCUCAAUUUCCAGAAGGUUGACAAUUCUCAAGGAACUUUUCAUUUGUUGCUAAUUUUGAUACAAUUUAUUAAGAAAUAUUGUCAAUAAAAUUAUAUUAUUACAAGU